CCGUGUGCAUGGGAGGAAAGGAUCAAUCAAUCAAUUGACCAUGCGCAUACCUAGGUAUGUGGCGAACGCCAAUAUCAUGCAACCUACGAUGAUGACGGUGGAUUGGCCCAUAACAAUUUACCCUCGGGGAGUACAAAAUCCAACGGACUUGGUAGCCAAUGGGCUUGUUGUUCCACGAGUUGGGCGUACUUUAUUGGUCCUUAGCGAUAUGGGUUCGCUUCCAGUGUCAACCUUCUCCUAAAGGCUGCUCAUUGCCUCGCCGCAGCCUUGCCUACCUAGCCUCUAGUCUCCCACUGCGCUGCCCUACGCCGCCCCAUUAGCUUGUUUAUUGUACUACCCAUUAGCCUUUUUCGUGUAUAAGCCUCGAUCAAGAUACCAUGGCUGGCUUUGACGGAUGGAGCGAAAACGCAUUUCACGAAUUUCGAACUCUCGUCGUCCGCUGUGCGGUUGUCCUCGUAGCAGUCGGCCUACGGUUUUUGUGCAAGCUCUCCCGUGAAGAACUGCGAUUUGGAUGGGACGAUUUCUGGAUCUUGGCCGCUGCGUGUUUGAAUUAUAUAGUAGAAGGCCUGCUUCUAUGGUCUCUUUUCCAGAGCCACGGCGGACAGCCAGCCGCUGUGCUUAUCAGCCAUGGCGAACGCAAAGCGGCAGAAAACUUCCUUCUUAUCAGCGACGUCAACUCGACACUCUGGCACCCAUGCGUAAUGUGCAUUUGCUUCAGUAUCAUUUGCUUCUACCUUCGUAUCUUCCGAUUGGAAAGCGGCUUCGUUCGAAACUCGUGGAUCCUCUUUUGCCUCAUCGGAGCAUGGGGCAUCGGCAGUGCCAUUGGAGGUUUCCUCCUAUGCAUCCCUCCCUCCAACUUUUGGAAGAUGAAAGAUCUCGACAAAUGCGGAAGCUACAUAGUUUUCGUCCUCGCUAACGGCAUUCUGGAAAUCUUCAUCACGAUCGGGAUCCUGGCGCUUCCUGUACGCCCGGUGCUGAAACUAUCGCUCUCUCUGAGAUCCCGCCUAUCCAUUCUCGCCAUCUUCCUACUCGGCGCGUUUGUCAUCAUAUCGGGAAUUAUCCGCCUGGCAAAGGUGUACAAGCCAGGGGAGAAGAUCCCGGACUACAUCGUUGUGCAUCUCUGGUCCGGCAUCCAUCUCACCGCUGCCUUUGUCUGCGCCUGCCUGCCCAUGUAUCGACCCGUCUGGACCAAGACAUACGCUGCGUCCAGAACCGUCGUGAGCUACUCACGGAGCUUGCUGAGAAGUAGUCGAAGUCGCUCAGCGUUACGGUCAGGAGGUGAUGGAAGCCCAGGGGCAUCGACGUCGCCGGCCAGGAGUGCGGAGAGUGCUGGCAGGCCCGGCAAACGCAGCGGGGAUGCUAUGGUCCACGAGUAUGAGUUGUGGACUGUAGGCACGGAUACGGAUACUGUGGUGCACCAGACUUCACGCGUGUAAAGAAGACAGCGAACCAUGGCGCAAGUCUCUUGCCAUCAUGAGAUAGGCAUAUUAUUAAGCUGAGGCCGUGCCUCGCCAAACCCGCGGCGAUGAGUACUCGUAUGUUAGUUCUAGAAUUUGCCUAAGGACGCUCAAACAUCGAUAUAUUCGAGAGGGGAUUAUAUGGAAGUUCAUCACGUAUCAGAGAAUACUGUGUCAUGCUGCCCUCGCAUGCGAGUGC